CAGUGCAUUGGCUGGCUUCUGUCUAUUCCCGUUAUAGUUCCUUGUAGUUUUGGUCUUGGAUGAAAAUUGCUGGUCAGUAAUCAGCUAGUGAAGGCAACGAGGGAAGUUUUCGAUGCAGCUGAGGAUGCUCAUCCUGAACAUUUACUUCGCUGAUCAGGAUCUGGACCGUUGUUAAAAGAUUACUUAUGCUACAGUUAGACGAAUGUGUCCUGUAGUUAACUGAUUUCUUUCAUGUGUUCUUAAACCGUGCGUUAUUCGCUUUUCGUUCAUUAGUCAUGACUGGAAUCGUAUCAGGUGCGCUUAUUCUUUUCGUCCUGUUCUUGCCGUCCACCCGACCCAGCAGCCAGGUGCUCAACUGCCACGAAGUGCGUUCAUCUUUCCAGUCUCUAUAUCCAGGAAUGAAGUGGGCACCAGAAACGCCCGUGUCAGGUGCAGAUCUUCAGGUGUGCCAGCCCAAAGGCCCGACCUGCUGCACACGCAAGAUGGAGGAGCGCUACCUGGUCUCUGCCAAGCAGAACAUGGAGUCCAGUCUGCAGGCCACCAGCGCCCAGCUCAAGCUCCUGAUCAUCCAGAACGCAGCCCUUUUCCAAGAGGCGUUUGACGUGGUGCUGCGUCUGGGUCGGAACGCCACGCUCCUGAUGCUCCGCGACGACUUCCCGGGCCUGGGCGGCGGCGCGUCCAGCGCGGUGGGCCAGCUCUUCCUGGAGGUGUCGCUCUACAUCCUGGGCUCGGACGCGCGCGUGGACCACAUGGUGGCCGGCUUCUUCUCGCGCCUCUUCCCGCUGGCCUACCGCCGGCUGCUGGGCGGCGGGACGUCGGCGCCGGCCGCCUCCGACGAGUGCCUGCGCGGGGCCUGGACGCAGGGGCCGUCCGGCGGGGCCUUCGGCGCCUUCCCCAAGCUCCUGAUGACCCGGCUGUCGCGCUCGCUGCUGGCCACCCGCGUCUUCCUGCAGGCGCUCAACCUGGGCAUCGAGGUGGUCAACACCACGCAGCACCUGCGGGCCGGGCGCGAGUGCGGGCGCACGCUGCUGCGGCUCUGGUACUGCCCGCGCUGCCAGGGCCUGGUGGACGGGGCGCGGCCGUGCCCGCAGCUGUGCCUGGGCUCCAUGCAGGGCUGCCUGGGCGGCGCGGCCGAGGUGCAGCCCCACUGGCGGGGCUUCGUGGACGGGCUGGGCCGGCUGGUGGAGGGCAUGCGGGGCGAGCAGGACGUGGAGGCCGUGGCGCUGGGCAUCCCCGCGCUCGUCAGGAGCGCCCUCCGCCACGCCACCGCCGCCAGGAGCCACAUCAACGCCGUGGUGAACGGUGUGUGCGCGCACGCACCUGCGCGGGUCUCGCGCUCCGUAGGGGCCGCCCCGGACCCCCCAAGAGUGGCCCUGGCGUCACGCAGCCCCCAGCCCAUGGACUUUGACCCCGAGGAGACGCUGUCUGGCCGACGCAGGAAGUUCAUCUCCGGUCUGCGGGGCUUCGGCUCUUUCUACAGUGGCCUGGGGGAGGCGCUGUGCAGCCGCGAGUCAGCCGCGCUCAACGACUCCCUCUGCUGGAACGGACAGGAAAUGACAGACAAGUUCCCUGGUCCAGGCCUGAGGAAAGCCUCCCAUGGCUCCGACUCCCGGAACAAGCCCCCUGAACCUGUCAUCAGCCAGAUCAUUGACAAACUCAAACACAUCAACCAGCUGUUGCGCGAGGUGACCGUGUCAGAGAAGCGCUGGAGGGCGAGACCAGGAGGGGGCGCUGUGAAGCGUGACCGUGGCAUCCAGAUGGGUGCGGACGAGGACACGGAGGGUCUGUCCAGCGGGGACUGUGACGACGAGGACGACUGCACCGGCGUCUCAGGGCUGGGCCCGCCCCCACGACACAAGCAGCUCCUCAUCUUCUCUGACUUGGCAGAUAACCUGGCCAUGGAUGACUUCACUUUCCACGAGCUGCUGCUGACGCCCCGGCUGGCUACCGACUCACACAUGGGUCCCUCGGUCCCCGGGAGGGCCGGGUCAGUGUGUGGCCCCAGCUUGGCCCUGGUCCUCCUGCUCCUCACCGCCCUCAUCCAUCUUCGGCCUCAGUGACCACCCCAGCUCCCUCGCCACAGCAUUCCUUCCCCGGACGCCAGGAGUGUGCGUCCAGAGGUGGGGUUUGAGGGGACGUUUCCAAACCGGUGGAUUCUCGUUUCUUUUUCUUUCUUUUUUUUAGUUAUCUUUGAGUGGCACUGAGGUCUCCUUCUACAUUUUGCACAAUCUUGAGUGGACUGGCACCACCAGUGGGGCACGGAACGUCCCGCUAUCUUCUCGCUGUCUGUGGCACGGGUUGUCCCAGUUCUGUAUAAAAUGUACAAAUAUUUAUUUG